AUGGUUGAUCAAACAUUAUUAGCAAAAGCUCGUAAAGCUCGAUUUGAUGAUCUAACAAAUUGUUCCGGACAUCCUUCUGAGGAUGUCGAACGAUUUUUAAAAAGCAUCAAAAAUAUUACUAAAGCUAAUGAUGAAUCGGAUAAUCAUGAAAUUCUUGAAAUUGUUCGUGGCAAAUUAACUCAAUCAGCUGGACUAUGGUGUGUUAAUCAUGAAUCUAUUUCUAAAACAUGGUCAGAUUUCGAAGCUGCAUUUCGAAAUCAUUACUUUUCAACAACAAUAGCUCAUACGAAAUUUGAUACAUUAAAACAACGAACACAAUCGUAUGAUGAAGCCGUCACAUCUUAUUGUGAUGAUGUUGUUAAUUUAUGUCGAGCAAUUGACCUAAAUAUGUUAGAACAAGUUAUAAUUCAACAUUUGAUGAGUAGACUUAAUCCUGAUUUUAGAAAACAACUCUUGCGGCGUGAAUCGUAA